AUGUCCGAUAUCAGUGAUACGCAUGCUGCCCUUCUUUGGGACAUGCAAUGCUUGGACAUUCCUACCAAAAGAUUAAGCGAUAGCCCUUCUGAAACUUUUGAGCGCUCAUAUCUCUCAGAACAUUCUAUGGAAGUAAACCCAACUGCCUUGCAGGAGCUGGCUAAGCGCCGUUUGCCUCCCUCAACUUGGCGAAUCGAUAGUCGAGAAGCUUUCGAGAAGCGCAGCCAUGAACAGGCUGAUUUCAGGGUGUUACGCCAAAAAAGCACCUCAGGUCACCAGCUUCUGGCGUCUGAGACCAGCCUUCAGCGCAUGACUGAUGACCAGCAAGCUUUGCAUUGGGUAAAUUAUAAGAUACCACAACAACCAGAGACUGGACCUAUGGGCCAGGACAAGCUUAUGGAAGAACUCGAACUCAUCUAUGCGGGCCUGGCGAAGGUCGAAUCUAAUCUCACCACAGAGGCUCACAUUAUCUCUCCCUGCGUAGAACCGUUAGUCAAAGACUCUGGAUUUUCGCGUUGGUCUGAGCAGAGCAGGAUCGAAACAAGCACGCUUAAGGAUGAUCUUUCGCAGGCUGGAAUUGGUGAAGGUCUCCAUACCCAGAGGUCGACACAGGACUUCUCGGGCCACAGCCAAUCUCACAACCUGGAGUUUAGAAGCUUUGCACGCAAGAUUUCCUUGCACUGCCGGACUUGGCGUCGGAUUAGCGAUCGCCUACUGCCCCUUCUAAGACGCGAACAACACCUUGCAUCGUCACAGCAGUGGGUGGAGGUUAUGAAAUUGUCUUCGUCUCUUAUGCACCUCUUGAAUGAGAACGAGUCAACGGUAGCAAACGCGGACACUGCACUAGUGGGAGCUCUAGCCCGGGUCGAAGCCAUCUUAAACCGAUUGAUGCUGAGAUUCAGGUGCAGAUAUGAUAAACUCGAGCAGAAAGUCGGGUUGGUUGAGGCGAUUUUUGAGUUUCCCAAUAAUUUCAGACACUUAUGUACAACGAUGCCAUGGACAAUUGCUCCCGCGUUGUUGAUACUUUGGGGUGUUUGUUGGAUGUUCUUUGGUUCCCCUCCACCCCCGCUGCAAAAGCCUACUGCGGCUGGGCCUGCAACUUCACCCUCGCCAGUUUUGGAUGAAUUUCUUGGGGGGGACCCUAGCACUGAUACUUCAGAUUACCUCCGAUACUUUAAUAUCCCAUACGCGGAUGGCUAUGGCAGUCAGGAUAAUGUACAGAGCUUUGUGCAUGAUGAUCUUGAUUUAUCAAGCAGCUUUUUUGACCCUCUGAGGAUUACUCAAGACACCCCACGGGAUCCAGACUUUUUACAAGUUGGUCACUUACUGCAAACGAAUAACUUCAACUUGGAAAUGCUUGACCAAGACAGCGAUGAUACAAGACGGUUACCAGAGACCACUGCGUCGGAUACACAACCACAAUCCCACCAGACACAAUAUCGUCAAUCAGCAACGAAUAUCAGCGGGCACGAGAGUGAGACCCAGUGGUAA